AAUAGAAGGGUAGUAUGAAGAAAUGAUAACACCAAACUACAAUAAGAAUAAAACGAGUUUUAUAUUUGUUUUGGGUUCACUUCAAUUCAGAGAUAUGGAUAGGGUCUCGUUCAAGCUCGUUGCUUUUGCUUUUUUAGCAUUCAUGCUGUGUACUGCAACAACACCGGUUGUUGGAAGGGCGACAAAAUCUUCUACUGAAGAACUGGCAUUGGCAAUGGAAUAUAAAAUGAUACCGGAGAAAAUGGCAACGAGCAGAGUAGAGCCGAGUAUACACCAGACUAACCUGGGAAACCAGAAAACCAAGAUGAUGAAUUCGCAACGAAUUGUUGAUGUUCUUGAGUCGUAUAUGAAGAAAGACUUACAGUGCGUGGGAGCAGGCAGGGGCUGUAACAUUUAUUUUGGACCUUCAUGUUGUUCUUUUCCUUUGGCAUGUCUUCCACCAGGUAUUUUUGGUGGUGUUUGUGUCGGUUAAUUAAGAUCAAUAAUCACUAUCUUCAACUGCAUUAACUAAUAAUCAGUGUUCAAUCUGCUCAAAUUGUUUCUCGAUGUAAUGUUAUAUACUAUGUCAUUGCUAUGUGUUCAUGCUUAGUAGUUUACACAAGCUAAUAAGCAUAGUUAAAUAAAGCAUGACAAAAAUAAGAUUUGUAAUCAAGGAUGUAAUAUCAUAAAUAAAUGAUGUAUUAUUUUUCUUCUUGCAUGUA